CCGCAGAAGACCUCAGUGCUGGAAACCAACCUCUCAAGCAAGCGCACGUCACUCCUGUGCAGCCCAAAGCCUUCCGAAGAUCAAUAAUUCCAUCCAAGAAAUCGCCAUUGGACUUGUGGCACAGGGUUGGUCGCAGACUGUAUCCUCGAGUGACUGUCGACCACGUUGAACGGCAAUCCUGUGCCGACUUGAAGCGCACCCUUCUACCUCCAGUUACAGCAGGCUGCGAUAAAUAGCUCAAUAUGAAGCCCGUGGUGUCCGCCUUGAACGCAUGGAGCUGCACGGUCCUGUCGGUCUUCGCCAUCGUCAUCCUCUCCGUUAUAGGGAGCCUGUUUGCGAGGGAUCACCACAUGAUGAUGGGGAUGGAAGAAGAUCCUGAAGACGGUGGGGCGGUCGCAGCCUCUAUAUUUAUUGCGGUAGCGGUAUAUGCUGGAUUCUUGGUGUUUUGCGGUUUUCAAGCUUGGCUGCAUGUUCGAGCGAGUCGGCGGGGCGCUAUAUCACUAUGAUUGUGACAGAUUCUAUGGAAUGAAGGGAUCAAUCUGCGCGAGGAAGUGAGCAUACGGACGGCGUAAAAUUGGAAGUAUCAUGCUGGGAUACAUGCCUCAAUGAAUAGGAAAGCUCCUACACAGGAGCUGAUCGUUGAAGGCCUAUGGGGCAAGCGACCAUGUAGAGUGUUAUCACAUGCGCUUUGUUUGCGGUAUCAAAAAUACAUGCACGUAUCCCUGGAAGACUCAGUCUCUCCUCCCAACCUCACCUAAUCUGAACGCCUCUCAAUCAAACCAGAUCCCGGUUGACGAACUGUGCAUGCAACGACUUGCCCAACAU